GCCCUUGCACGAACGCCGGAGGCUCUGGAGCGCCUUGGGUUUUUUGCUGUGGGGGCCGCCUGCUUAAUCUCGGCUAAGGAUUUUCCGGGCUGAAGAGAAGAGCGUGUCUGGUUGGGUGGGGGGAAGGGGGCUGCGCGUGGCUUACCCCAAACACUCUCUAGGCACAUGCUGUGGCUGAUGGGUCUAAUGCGCGCGCGCUCCUUGCAAAGGAAGGGAGGUGGGGAAGGACAGAAGGCGAAAGGAGGAAAGAGUUUAUUUAUUUUUGAUUUAUUUCGUAUUAGAAAACAUAUGUAUAGACAUGAUUUUGGAUACAUGAAAUGGUUUACGAAUACAUGGGGACAGUAGGACAGAGACGGUAGGCAGGCUGGUGUCCUUAUGCAAGCCCCUUUACAGACCUAUUAGGAAUGGGGUGAGGUCCACUGUUGGCUAUCUAAGGUUAAAGUUUUGGGGGGUUUGGGAAGGAACCACAGAAUCAGGCAGUGCAUUCCAAGCAUUGAAUUUGAAGUUGAGUCUCUUCUCUCGAACAGAUUGGAGGAGGGUAGAUGAAGCAUUUUGCCCUUCGAACUGGGAUAUUUCUGCUGGUUCCUUGCAGUAUUGUCUUUUUGCUAAACCUUGGGCUCAUUUUGGCCUGUUAUCUCACAGAGCAACCUCGUUCCUCCCUCCCUCCCUUUCAUCUCGGAUAGAAUAGCUUCGGGAGGCUGCAAGCUGGAGAGGUUUGCUUCCAGGCUACCCAGUGACAUUCUCUUCUCCCCGAUGAUUCAGUUCUCCUGACCAUGCUCUCAGGUGCAAGAAUGCGCCUGCACCUCUGCUCCUCCCUCCCCCCCAACUUCCGAUGCUGUUUCCCCUACCACCCAUAUCUUGUGUGCCCUUGGCUGCCCCGUUAGAUGCUGCCACUGGGUGAGAUUUGUUUUGCAUAGGACACCUGGUGCCCUCCCGGUAUGCUGCACUUAAUUGCCCAUCUAGCCAGAAAUUAUGUGAUGUAAUCCAGCACAUCUAGAAGAUCCCAGGUGUGGGAGACUGUUUUGUUAGAUAAGUAUGAUCCCUCUAUAUUCUAAUGGGAGAAUGGGGGGGGGAAUGUGGGUGGCAAAUUUGAAGCAAGUUAGACUGAAGAAACUUUCCUGACCUUGUUUAUUUUAGGGAGGUGCAAAUGUUCAGAUAAUAGUACAAUUUAAUGUUUGUGUGAGAUAGAAUGCCAUGUAUACAGCCAUGUACAUUUAUAUAUAAAUAUAUAUCCUCUGGAAAAAUACCUGGUUCCCCCCCAAAAAGAGACACAUGAUGCAAACCCCCUUUCCUUCAAAAACAGAGUGCUAUAUGAUUUUUUUCCUUCAGCAAGGCCUGUUAUAAGAAAAAUUCAUCCAUUCAUCCUGGCAGCAUGUUUUAAUCUUCUAUUAGUAGGGACCCUUGAGGUUUCUUAAUGGGAAGUAAAACUAUUGCCAAUCAAAUUUCAAGGCAAUCCAGGAAAUGGUCAGAUAAUAGUUGUGAGCCUUUUUAUUUAUUUAUGUUAUUUAUAUUUCUUGCUAUGGCUGUUAAUUUAUCUGUCUAAAGACUAAGCAAAUUUCACACCUCGUUAAAGGCUAUAAUGUGAAUUGCAUGUUCCAGAGCACAGUCAGUUCAGAGAACAGAAAUGCAUCAUUUACAAGUUAAUUUCCAGUUAGUUGCAAAGCAACGUGAAAGUACAUCUAGAGCCCUCACAUGCAGCAAAAGCUAUUAUAUAAUCUAAUCCUUUGUUGGGUUUUGGGGGAAAAAAAUCUGUUUUCUGAGUAGAGAAUUUUGGAUCCAAGGAGCAAUGAGAUGCUAAAGAAUACAAUAAAGGCCUUAACAAUAGUGAAGUUGCCUUGCUAGGAUGGUGGUUGUUGCCUUUACCAAGUGAUGCACCAUGCCAAUAGUGGACAAAUUAAAAGAAGCCCUAAAGCCUGGGCGAAAAGACUCUGCUGACGAUGUUGAACUGGGUAAAUUGUUGGCAGCUUCUGCCAAGAAGAUUUUGCUGCAAAAGAUUGAGUUUGAACCCGCCUCCAAAAACUUCUCCUACCAGCUGGAGACCCUCAAGAGCAAGUACGUUUUGUUGAACCCGAGGACAGAAAACUGCAGUCGGCACAAGAGCUCUGAAGAGGGACCCAUACGAAAACAAGGUAAUGAGCAUGUGUCGGGAAGUGAUGGGGUGCCAGCUCCCCAAAAGGUCCUCUUCCCUCUGGAGCGACUCUCUCUAAAAUGGGAGCGGGUGUAUCGUGUUGGAGCUGGUCUCCACAACCUGGGCAACACCUGCUUCCUCAACUCAACUCUACAGUGUCUGACGUACACCCCACCUUUAGCAAAUUAUCUGCUUUCCAAGGAGCACAGUCGCAAUUGUCACCAGGGAGGCUUCUGCAUGAUGUGCAUAAUGCAGAAUCACAUGAUCCAGGCUUUUGCCAAUAGUGGUAAUGCCAUCAAACCUGUGUCCUUCAUCAGAGAUCUUAAAAAGAUUGCACGGCACUUCCGUUUCGGGAGUCAGGAGGAUGCUCAUGAGUUCUUGCGCUACACCAUUGAUGCCAUGCAAAAGGCCUGCCUCAACGGUUACACUAAGUUGGAUCGCCAGACUCAGGCUACCACGUUAGUGCACCAGAUCUUUGGCGGCUACCUCCGAUCUCGUGUGAAGUGCUCCGUGUGCAAAAGUGUUUCAGAUACUUAUGACCCAUACCUGGAUGUGGCUUUGGAAAUCAGGCAAGCAGCCAAUAUUGUACGGGCGUUAGAAUUAUUUGUAAAAGCUGAUGUCUUGAGUGGGGAGAAUGCCUACAUGUGUGCCAAAUGCAAGAAGAAAGUUCCUGCCAGCAAGCGUUUUACUAUCCACCGAGCCUCUAAUGUCCUUACCAUCUCCCUCAAGCGCUUUGCCAACUUCAGUGGGGGCAAGAUUACCAAGGACGUGGGUUACCCUGAAUUCCUGAAUAUUCGUCCUUACAUGUCGCAGAGCAGUGGGGACGCUGUCAUGUAUGGCCUCUAUGCUGUACUUGUGCAUUCAGGAUACAGCUGCCAUGCAGGGCAUUACUACUGCUAUGUCAAGGCUAGUAAUGGGCAAUGGUACCAGAUGAAUGAUUCUCUGGUACAUUCAAGCAACAUCAAAGUUGUUCUCAACCAACAGGCCUAUGUACUCUUCUACCUUAGGAUUCCAAGCACUAAGAAGAAUCCUGAAGGACUUGUCUCCAAAAGCAAUUGCUCAAUGCCCAGCCGAACAAACAUCUCCUCUGAUCACUUGAAGAAAAGUGCAACUAAUGGUACCCUUGCAUCACCACUGAUAAACAAAAGACACAACGUGAUUCAGGUUAAGAAGGCUUCAGACCCUGAGGAAUCGGGUGUUCCUGUUUCCCGCAACACCUUUGUUUCCAACAACAAAACUCAGAAUGGGAUACUUCCUCCUCCUCUUCCCAAGCUCAUACCUGCUGUUGGAUUCUCAUCUCCUAAACUCUCCAGCAAGCCGGCUUUCUUGGACGACUUAAGCAAGAGAUCCAAGAAGCAGGCAUCCUCGUCUCGCAAGACUUCUCAGGAUUUUGGUCAGGCUGACAGUGCUAAACUGGAGUUAGCCAAGCAGAGCUUCUGGGGAGCUAAGAACUUGGUGGCAUCUUUGCAGCUGUCGGGCAGCUCUGGAGGAACCCCCGAAGCCAAAGCACACGAGGAAGGUACAGAGCUACCAAGCAAGGACUCCUCCUUGACAUCUUCGUCAUCUUCUAGCAGCUCAUCUUCCUCCAGUCCAGCUCAUAAGCCAAUUAAGGGACUUUCUCAGGCCACAGUAGGAGCUGAUGGCUACUCUUCCUCUCAGGAAUCGGACUGUGUGUCUGGGAAAUACACUUCUGAGGACACCAAGUUUGCGAAGAUGAAAUCCCCGUUGUUGACUAAUUUAGCCAAUCUGGAGUUGGGAAGCACCAUGUCGCCCCCACCUGCAAAGAAACUGGCGCUUUCUGCCAGGAAGGGCAGCAACACCCUGCGGAAAGUGAGCGGCAAUGAGCAUCAGGCACCGCCCCAUUUCCCCCCAGCUGCCACAUAUACCACCCAAUUCGUCUGCGCUGCUGCACCCAUCCAAGCCAGGGUGGUCUCACCUGCUUCCAAAUCUUCAGCAGUUCCACAAACAGCCAACAGUCCCUUUGCCAACUCCAUGCCCUCAUCCAGCUUCAAAUCAUGCUGCCUCUCUGCUGCCACCCUUCUUCCAUCACCUGUUGUACCCACCUCGGCACCACACCUCUGUUAUCUAGACAACAGCAAAGAGCCAUCCGUUGUCAGCAGUAAGAAGAAAAAAAGGAAGCAUAGCUCCCCAGUGGAAGAGCAGGAUGGCCAUGGUAGCCGAAACAUGAAAGACUUCAAUGGUGAGAGGACUUGGCUCUCCAGUCCUCCUUGCAAGAGGAGGCAAUUUGAGGGAAAUGGCAGCAUUGUGAUCUCCCCUGCACAGGAAGCCAACUUGGUGAAGACUAAGAAGGGAGAGGAAGAGAAAAGGGCUGGAGGUGACAGGGCAGUAGCUACUGGUCAAAGUAGUUCCAUCCAGAAGAAGAGGAAAAAGAAGAAGAAAGGGCUGCAGCAAAGGGAGGAAGACUGCUCAUCUUUAUUGUCCCCUGUGAACUGCUGCUCUCCUCCACCUGAAGUCAGCUCCUGUAGGACAAAAAAGAAGAAGAAAAGGAAGAAGCAAUUACUUUCACCCAGUUCAGACAAGAGCACUUCUUCUGGAGAGAGUGAGCACCACAAAGAUAAGCAAAGAAAGAUACUGCAUUCUCAUGUGGCUGAAGUCUGUAGCCCCCAAGAAGAACUAAACGAGAAUGGACUUUCUGUGGCUAGAGACAGCCCUCCAGCAUUGGCUUGGGGCAACCAGCUCAGACAUAGGGAUGAGUUCUCCCUCAAUGUCCUGAGCCCAAAGAAGGAAAUUAUGCAGCACGAAUGUGGACCAGUUGAUGUAGUUCAGGAGCUACUGAAGGAUUCUUUGGAUAAAGCUUAUGGAAAGCAAGUUUUAACAUGGAAUGGUGAAGCAUCUGCUAUCAGCCAGGAUGCCAUGCAUGAUGCUAGAUGGUCCCAGAAGCAGUCCAUCCUUGAUGACUGGGAUGAAGAAUUUGAUGGUGGAAAGGUGAAAAAAAUUAAGAAGUUCAAGCGUGAGCGGAGGAGAAACUACAAUGUCUUCCAAAAAUUGCAAAGCAGGCGUAACUUCUGGGCUGUGACACAUCCAGCCAAAGUAGCUAGCUUGAGCUAUCGGCUUUGAAAGAUGAGUCUUGGCUGAAGAAAUGAAGUGGUCAACCUCUACAACUGUGGAGCUUCAAGUGACCAGAAUCAAGUCACCAGUUGCUACUUCUGGGGAGAAGGGCCUCUUCUUGCCCCGAGUAGGGUGCUGCUAUUCAGAGUGCUAGGAGGUCGCAUCACUUCUCUACAGGUUACUCUGGAGAAAACAGGUUCUUGACCUUACUAUAUCAGGGGCACUGCAAGAUACUGUGCCAAUAAAAAGCGCUGUUCCAGGGUAACUUGAUGUGGAUUGAGAGUGGGGGCAAGGCAGUCGGCCCUUGGAAAUGAAACUUUCUGCUGCUCCACACCCAGAAAUCUAGGCUUGGUGAGCUGUGAUGCCCUCAGCAGCCUUUCCUGUCAGGAGAACUUGAAGUAAACUGAGAACACCGCCUGGUUUCUAAGAUGAUUGCCUGAAAUGGCACUUAUCUUUCCCCACUUACAGCUGCCAUUAUGAGUGUAAUUUGUAUGAUUUUUCUUUACUUCUGCAUGACCCGUCCCUUGUUUCAGCCUUUCAGAUGAGCAUAAAUUCUCAACCAUCACAAACAUUUAUUUUUUCCCCUCAGGAAUUCUCCACCAACUAUUCUUGCUGCAGACGAUCUUUGGAACCGAGUUCUGUUCCGCAAGAAAAGUUGGUGGUCUGAUUGGCCUGCCUUUAUUAAAUGUGAUUUCAACUAGCUUCCAUCCUCAAGGAGCUUGGAAACAGUUUAUUUAUUUGAUGGAUUUUGGAUGUGUAAAGUGAAAACUGAACAUUUGAAGGUCCUUUCACAUUAAAAAACAACAACAUUGCAUAUCCUAAACUGAGAACUCCUGAAGUAGGGCAUCUGAAUGUUCAGGUACAUGUCUAAUGUUUGCUUUUUUCUCAAUAAGGGUUGAGAUAGCAUCCAUUCAUGGAUUGACACUGUCCGUGCUUUGAUUGGACUGAGUCUUGAUUACUAAUUAAUUAACCACUAUAUAACCUGCCUCCAUGAGUGGUACCACCCAGUUUUCUGACUCAGUCCACUCUGGGACAGUUGUGUUAUCCUUGCCUCAUAACACUGAGAUUGCUGUGAAUAUUUCCCUGCUCCUACUGCCGGGCCUUCCGACCCUUGAGCCAAAGGGCUGCUGACUGCAGGCCUCACGCCUCUCCCCUGCACACCUCAGAGUGCUCUCGACUCACCUGAGAUUUUUAAAAAAUGGAGCGGCGGAGAAAGGCGAACAGCGCGGACUAUCAGCCUUUUGCUCCUUUGUGUCCUUAAUAGCUGCGCAGGCUGGGGGAGAGCCCAGCAGCUGGGCGGCGCACAAAUUGCAGGAUCAAUCCCGGGGAUACGCACAAGACCGCCUUCGCAUUUAAAGCGGCAGCGCGAUGAAGGCAGGCGCCGCAGAGAUCGUGGGGAGGCUUGGCAAGCCGCGAAUUGCAGGGACAAGCGUGCAGGCCUUUCAAGAGCCUAGCACCGCGCCGGAGGGUCUGGGCCCAACCAAAAAAUGGUGUGAACGCCAUUUUGGAAGAGGGUGGAGCCCGGUACGAAUGGACAGCUGCGGGGGCCAUUUUGAGCAAUAUUGCCUUACCCUGGUGACAUGGCCGACAGCAGCAUGCCUGAGUCAUCCUCCAGCGCUGGCAGGGAGGUAGCGGAGACAAGAGCCUGGACUACUGACUGGCAGGGACUCCUCCCCAUUGAGCCAGCCUCAUCACAGGCUAACCCCCCCGUCAAGUUUGCUUGAGCCGAUGCUGCCUUGGGAAGGAGAGUGCUGUAGACUGUUCGGUCAGUUGUGCCAGUCCCGGAACAGUCUAUUGCCCACCCUUGAGAAUUGUACGGCUUGGGUAUGUCCCAUGCAUGGAUGCUAUCUCCACCCUUAUUGAGAAAGAGUGUUGGUAUCUUACCUGAUAUGGCUCUUCUAAUAAGGUGGAGAUAGCAUCCAAUCCCAACCCUUCUUUUGACUGUUCUUUGUCUUCCCGAGACUGUUUUUCUUGAUCUCAUUUCAGAUGUUUAUAUUGUCCCUUUGAUGUUGGUUUUUUUUCUUGGAAUCACUAAACUUGAAUUUUGUUGGGAUAACACGAGGAGUCUGUCUUUUCCCCCCUCUUCGCUGGAAAACUGGGUGGUACCACUCAUGGAGGCGGGUUAUAUAGUGGUUAAUUAAUUAGUAAUCAGACUCAGUCCAAUCAGAGCACGGACAGUGUCAACCCAUGCAUGGAUGCUAUCUCCACCUUAUUAGAAGAGGCGUAUCAGGUAAGAUACCAAUGCCCUUUUUCCUCUUUCUGCCCUUGUGCAAAUUAGUCUCUGAUGGGCAUUGUUGCACAAUUGGAAAUGCAGAAGCGGAAUCUCCUAGAAGAUCUGAUUCAUGCAACAGAUUUAAGUGUUAGAAAGAGGCUGACUGAAUCAUUGCUGCUUUAGCGCUAAGGCAUAAUCUGUUACUUGUCCAUUUUAAAAGGAACACUAGUUGCCUGCAAGAAUUUUUUUAAUGGGAUAUUUCACCAAUAGGAAAAGGGAUUCCUUUGUACCUGUUAUCUACCAAUACAAUUGCUUCUGUCUCUAAGGCUGACAUAUUUCAUCUGUCAUAUGCCAAUACUGCACGGUCACUUCUGAGGGGCAGUCCAUGUGCACUCCAUCCAUUCUGCAUCUCUCUGUUGCACAUCCAUUAGCCUUUUUGUCAUUGGCAUUCGUUUUCUCGGGUGUGAACCUUGAAAACUCUUAAUUCUUUCCACUGCAUAACACACAAAAACUUAUCAAUUUUGGCCCUUGUACCUAUUUGGGGCUCACAAUUAAGACUGUUUUCCUCUGAUGAAAGGGACUCUGGGCCUCUUAUUUCUCUGAGGGGAACAGGGUCUUCUGUAUUACAGUCUUUUGCCAAUAUGUAGAUACCCUGAACAUGGGCACACUUUGCACCUCAUACUGGGGUUUAAUGUUAACAGCCCUCAUUGUAGCAACGGUUCAUGGUGCAAUAAAGGAUUGUUUUGUGUA